ACGUAAUGGCUCUGCCGCUCGUGUUUGUUUGAACAAGGAGUGGGAUCUGUUUUAUCACUCUUUGACAAGCUGAACGUGUUAGCUGUGAGUUUGGCAUGAUGAGCAGCGGUACGCCUUACAUAGGGAGUAAAAUCAGUCUGAUCUCUAAAGCUCAGAUUCGUUAUGAGGGAAUAUUAUACACGAUUGACACCGACAACUCAACUGUGGCACUGGCGAAAGUACGGUCUUUUGGAACUGAGGGGCGCCCUACAGAUCGACCUGUGCCACCGAGGGACGAAAUCUUUGAGUACAUCAUUUUUAGGGGAAGUGACAUCAAGGAUAUCACAGUCUGUGAGCCUAUGAAGAUUCACCACAGUCUUCCUCAGGACCCUGCCAUUGUUCAGUCGUCUGUUGGGACAUCCUCUGCCCAUUACCCCUCUCAGGGUGGAUACAGUCCCUACAGAAGCAUGCUGCCCUCAUACAGUCAGCUGGCUGCCAGCUCUCUAUUCAGUCAACAGUAUCCAGCAGGUCUAGGCUUAGGUAUGCAUGGCGUUCCUGUAAGGAGAGGUCCGAUGGUUGAACAGGCUGUUCAGACGGUACCUGUUGAAAAAUCUGCCCCAAAGAAGAGUUUGAGUGGAGUUCCACAGCAAGGCAGAGAAGCUGGCAGGGUGCUGCGGGGCAAUGGCUCUGUCACGCAUCAAGGACUUUUACAAGGACAGAGUCAAGCUAAUGAUGAGAACAAGCCACCGUCAGCUAGGAGAAAACCAGGAACUCGAAGAUCCAGGAACCGCGGUCGUGGUCAAAUCCUUUUAAGCAAUGCAAAACCCAGCACCCUUCAGUUUGAAGCUGACUUUGAUUUUGAAACUGCAAAUGCGCAGUUCAACAAAGAUGACCUAGAGAAAGAGAUUCAAGACAAGCUUAAUGUUCUCGAAACCCCAGAAGAGGGAAAUAAGGAUCAGGAGAAGCUUGACCCUGAGAGCAGUAUGGAAGAGGAUCCCUUUGGGCCCAAGUGUUUCUACAAUAAAGCAAAAUGCUUCUUUGAUAACAUCUCCUCAGAACUCAAGUCAAGACGCACCACAUGGGCUGAGGAGCGAAAACUUAAUGUGGAGACCUUUGGUGUACCCGGUCGGUAUCUGAGAGGCCGUGGCUUUCGGGGUAGUUAUAGAGGAAGACGAGGCAGAGGGCAACGUUCUUUGCCACAAAGAGUAGGAAGUGGACGGCUGUGAGAACAGACGUAUACAUGUUGCCUCAUCAGACUGAAUUGGAAGUGAGGUGGUGUUUUGUAAAAAAAUGUUUUGAUUUUUCUAUGCCUAAAAUCUUCAGUGGCAAUACUUAUGUUAAUCCCACGGCAAAAGGCAGUUUUUUUGUGUACGAACCCAGAGAUUGCCCUUUAAAAUGCAAGUGCACUUUACAAUCUUUGUGAUUUUUAAUUUGAAUUAAAAUGACACUUAUUUGCGCAUAUGGGGUUAUUUGACUAAGGAAUUAUUCAGACUUACUGUGUUAGUCUAUGCCAUGUGGUCCCUUGUUUUUUUUUUUUUUUGUAUGUGUAAAGUGUGGGAUCUUGUACUUAAAAAAUUGAAGUUAAUAAACACAAUAACUUACUGUUUCUUGCUUGUGUUUUUCACAAAGCUGUAAAUUUAAAGGAAUCGUCU